UUUUUUUAAUAAGCUUUCCCAGGGUGCAUGGUGUCCGUGCACAGGGGAGUGUUUACAGGAUGUUAUCUGUGUCUGUGCCGACCUCUCAUCUCUACGGAGUGGGGUUUGUUGGAAUGCUGGAACGGGAUGGAGGAGGAAUUUCUGAAAGGGGGAGUGACGAGAGACAGACAGAGGAGAGAAGAGAGAGAGAGAGAGAGAGAGAGAGAGAGAGAGAGAGAGAGAGUAUAAAUACAUCCCAUAGAGGCUGGUGCUCACAGGCGCAGAUAACUGGACCACUGAAGAACUGGACUGCAGAGGCAACAACAAAGCCUCUGGAAAUCCAAUUAGACUUAGUAAACGUGACAAAUUUAAAGAUGAAUGACAUCUCAGAGUGGCUGGUAGAAAACAGGGAGAAGAUCGAGAAAGGAGUGGAGAUCAUGGCCCAGGCCUCCAGGGUGCUGGCGUCCUCCGUGGGCCAGCUCCACCCGGUCCUGGAGGCCGUGUUCAAGGUCUCCGCCGAGCUGCUGAAGAACCCCGACAGCAGCGAGGCCAACUACCUGACACAGCAGCUGACCAAGGUGAACGAUCAGCUCACGGUGAUCCAGAACGAGAUCGAUCAGAUCGAGCUGGAGAUGAUGACUACGUCGAUGAACAAGAAGAACUUCGACUGGGAGGUCCACAUCCUCAGCCAGUUCGAGAGCUUCCAGGACUUCCUCAACGCUAAGCCCAAGUUCAAGGAGAAGAAGAAGGAGAAGUUUCUGACUCAUUACAAUGUGACGGAGGGCGACUUGAACGUGGAGGCCCUCUACAACGCCGUCAUGGAGGACACCUGCUCAGAAAGGCCCAUCCUGGAGAUCGUGCUGGCCACCAAAGAGAGGAACAGGAAGGCGGUGGAGGACUUCUGCGCUCGACUGAAGAAGCUGUUUGUGGUUGGCAUCAUAUCCAUCAUGGCCUACGCCGCCUUCAAAGAGGGAACCGUUGAUUCGGAGACGGUGAAAAAGUGGAAGGAACGAAUGGAGAACGUGGAGGACAAAAUGAAGGCGGCCGUGGACGACUGCGUCGAGAACUUCGCCGAGCAGGCCAAGCUGGACAUCAAGAAGAAACUAGACGUGAGCCCCGGCCCCGUGGACCCCAAGUGGACCAAGUCCCUCCUGGAGAUCCUGGAAAACAAAUAUGACUGGGUGAGCUGGUCCAUCAGGGCCUUCAAGAACAGGGAGCGUGUUUUCUUCUUCAACUGGUUAGCAGGGAAGAAGUACCACGGGUGCAAAGGCGACAACUCCUUCGAAGUCCUGACGAAGAACAAGAUCAAGGUGGUGGUCUCGUUCUGCACCGAGCCCAAGCCCAUCGACAAGAACCGGAUCCAGGAGCAGAUUGAGCAGACCAAGCUGAACAGGAACAUGAUGUCGGUGGCUCUGAUCCUGCAGGAGAACUUCCCCGAGUGCUUCAUCCACGCUGUGAGUCACUACAAAUCAGUGGAGGAGGCGAACAACUUCCCGGAGGACUGCCACUACUUUGGACGAUACAAAGGAGCCUACCUGUGCUUCCAUUCUCAGUAGGCUUUAAAAACAGACAAACUCAUGAAUCAUCUGCAGCUAUACUCCUAUAUCACUUCUGUGGAUGUGUAAUCUUGGUUCGGUUAUGGGAUUCUUUUACUCGCAGCAUUUUUAUUCUUCUUCCAGCUGUUGAACAGAAACUUCAAGCCAUACUCUUCCUCACCGUCCUCAUCUUCAUGUUCUUAGGUCCAUGUCUGGAUAAUAAACAGGUUGGGAGACCCA